AUGCCUCGCAUUCUCGUUGUGAACGCUGGAAGCUCCACCAUCAAAUUCCGUCUCUACAACCUCACAUCCGCGUCAAACUUGACCAUCCUCGUAAAAGGCGCGGCCUCGUCCCUCGGGGCCCCAAAUUCACCCAUCCAAAUCCAGAUUCUCAAAGACAACGAUGCAAAGACCACAUCCAGGACGCUCACUGACGAAGCGACUGACGGAACGGAUCAUGAAUCCGUAUUCAGAAAAAUGAUACAAGUGUUACAAGACAAUGAUGAAAAACUCUUGACUGAUGUUCUAGCGGUUGGACACCGCAUCGUUCAUGGGGGCCAGGAUUUCACUCAACCGACUCUCAUCACAGCCUCCUCGAUCUCAACGCUUGACUCUCUCUCUGCUCUUGCACCUCUCCACAACCACCCCAGCGUCGUACUCAUCAAAACAACGCUUAAACUCUUUCCUGACUCAAAGCAGGUUGGGGUGUUUGAUACGUCGUUCCACUCGACCCUUGAAGAAAAGGUAUGGCGGUACCCGCUUCCUUUUGAUGCAUGCAACGAGAGCGGGUUGAGAAAGUAUGGCUUCCAUGGAACGUCACAUAAUUACGUUUCUCAUCUGGUAUUGGGUCGUCAUCCGGGUAUAAACCUUAUUUCUCUCCACCUGGGCAACGGGUGUAGCGCAUGCGCCAUCAAGAAUGGAGUUUCCGUUGAUACAUCUAUGGGAUACACGCCUCUGGAGGGACUCAUGAUGGGUACACGGAGUGGGGACAUUGACCCCUCCGCUCCUUUUCACAUCUCCCAGCCGGGGUUCUCGCUGGACAAAGUACCUGCGAUAAAAUCCGCUCCAGCCGGUCCCAAGAUCUCCAAAGUGGAAGAUGUGCUCAACCAUGAGAGUGGGUUGAGAGGCGUUUGUGGCGAAAAUGACAUCAGAAAGAUUAUCGACUUGAUGCGGAACGGGGAGGGGGAGAAGAAACGGAGAGCCGAGCUGGCUUUCGAUAUGUUUUGUUACCGAAUCCAGAAAUAUAUCGGCGCAUAUCACAUUGCCUUAAACCCGGCCCACGGGAUCAUCUUCACAGGCGGAAUAGGGGAAAACUCAUCCCUGGUGCGGGCAAAAGUCUGCCAAAAUCUCACAUGCAUCAGCGUCCAUCUAGACGAAAGCAAGAACGAAAAGUGCUCAUUGAACGAUAAUAAAGUGGUGGAGAUUUCGAAAGAGGAAAGUCCAGUCAAGGUCUUUGUUGUUGCAACAGACGAAGAAGGAGAGAUCGCGAGGAUUUCCCUUGGGUUUGUAGAGAAGGAGAAGGGGAAGGAGGAGUGA